ACACCCAACUCUAUUUCUCUCCCCCCUCCGUCGUGAUCAACCAUCACCUUUUUGCUUUUCUCAAGCACAUAUUCAUGCCACUAUAUAUAUCAAUCAACUCCCCACAAUACUUCUUCAUCAAACAUAAGAAUUCUGCAUAAAUUUCCCAUCCCAAAACCCUCUCUCUCUCUCUCUCUCUCUAUAUAUAUAUAUAUAUAUAUAUAUAUCUAUUUAUAAUCAAGAAGAUGGCUGAGGUCCAAGAAAAUAACAGCUCAUCAGGGAUCAAGUUGUUUGGGGCUACAAUUACACUGAAAGAAAGAUCAUCAUCACAAGCAAACGAUGAUCGCCAAGAAUCCAAGAAAGCUGAGGAGAAAAAGCCAGACAAGAUCAUUCCAUGCCCCAGGUGCAAAAGCAUGGAAACCAAGUUUUGUUACUUCAACAACUACAAUGUUAACCAGCCUAGACACUUUUGUAAGGGCUGCCAGAGGUACUGGACCGCCGGCGGGGCCCUUCGCAAUGUGCCCAUCGGUGCCGGCCGCCGCAAGACCAAGCCCCCUUGCCGAGGCCUGUCGGAGGGCUGCUUAUUUGACGCUUCCGGCCGGGUGCAGCAAUUGGAAUUCGACGCGGCGGUGGAGGAGGAAUGGCAAGUGGCGGAACACGGCGACUUUCGGCAUCUUUUUCCAGGCAAGAGGAGGAGAUGCGCCUCCAAUAGUCAAAGUUGUUAAUGGAUCCUUCCUUUUUGUCUUGUAGUUUCAGUAAAAAGAAAAAAUAUAUUGCUGUAUAUACAACCUGUCCUAGUUGAUACUUUUUUAAUAUUUUAAUCCCAUUAUUAGCUUAAACUAUGAUAUAA